AUGUCAUCAAAAUAUGUUCAAAAUAGUGAUGUUGCAGUUAUAGGAGUUGGGUUUAGAGCUCCAAGUGGUAGUUUAACAAAAUCGAUUUCAAAUACAAAUCAACUUUGGGAAAACUUGGUAAAUGGUUUCGAUGGUAUCGUAGAAACAUCUGAAAGAUGGUCUGAUAACUAUAGUAUCACUGGUGAUAUUGUUUGCAAACAUGCUGGUCUUAUUCCACUCGGUGAAUGGAAGUCUUUUGACCCAAUAUUCUUUGGUAUCAAUCCAAGUGAUGAACAUGUCAAUUCAAUUGAUCCUCAACAAAGAUUACUGUUAAAGUGUACAUGGGAAGCUUUGGAAGAUAGCGGUAUAGAUCCAUCCACAUUAAGAGGCACUAACACCAGUACAUAUAUAGGUUCAUCAACUGUUGACUACGAUGCUGCCAAUAAAUCUCCUUUUGAAACCCAAAUUAACAUUUUUGGGGGGUCACUUCAUUCAAUCUCAAAUAGAAUAUCAUACUGCUUUGAUUUUCGUGGUGACUCUUUGACAAUCGACACUGCAUGUAGUUCAUCAUUGAAUGCAAUAAAUCUUGGUUACAAAUCCAUCAAAUAUGGUCAAUCUGAUGUAUCUAUUGUGGGUGGUGUUAAUCUAAUACUAGACCCAAAUACAUCAAAAUCAUUUUCUCAUUUAUCAAUGUUAAGUCCAACUGGAAAGUGUCACACAUUCUCAUCGGAUGCUGAUGGAUAUGUUCGUUCGGAAUGUGUCGGAGUUGUAGUAUUAAAGAAUUUAGAAAAGGCAAUCAUGGAUGGUAAUAACAUUUACUGUGUUAUCAAAGGAUCAGCUUCAAAUGUUGAUGGAAACCAUGAUAAGUCAAACUUUUAUUCACCAUCAAAAUCAUCACAAUAUGAAAAUAUUAAAUCUGCAAUCGAAUCCACUAAUGGCCAAAUUAAUGCAUCAGAUGUUGAUUAUGUUGAAUGUCACGGUACUGGUACACCAACUGGGGAUCCAAUAGAGCUUGAAGCUAUUUCAAGAGUGUUCAAAGAUACAAAGAAACAAGUUUUAAUUGGUUCAAUAAAAUCGAACAUUGGUCAUAGUGAAGCAUCAUCCGGUGUAAUGUCAUUAAUCAAAUGUUGUGUCAUGUUUAAAAACCAAUCAUUUGUCCAAAACAUCAAUUUUAAAACACCAAAUCCCAAUAUCUUAUUCGAAGAGUGGCGUCUAAAAGUUGUAACCGAGCAAACAUUAUUUAAAAACAAUAAAAAAACGGUUAUGGCAAUCAAUAACUUUGGUAUUACUGGUUCUAAUUGCUGUAUUAUUUUAUCAGAAUAUAAUAUAAAAAAAGCUCAUAAUGAAAUAAUUAAAAAGAAAAAAUAUCUAAUACCGUUUUCAACCAACUCAUCAACAUCACUUGAUAGAUACAAACAAAUAAUAAUGAAUCAAUCAGAAACAUUAGAUUUCAAUAAUUUUGUAAAUAAUCAAAUUAAAUAUAAAUCAACAUCACUUGUCCAAAAAUUGGUUAUUAUUGCAAGUGAUUGGAAUGAAUUUAAUGAUAAGCAAAACUAUGUAAAAACAUCCAAUGAAAAUACUCUUUCAAAUAUUACAAUUGAAAAAAGGCAUCCAUUUACAGUUUUUGUUAUUUGUGGUCAAGGAUCGCAAUAUAAUCGAAUGGCAUUAGAAAUAUACGAAAAUGAAGCAAUAUUCAAACAAUGGGUAGAUAAAUUCGAUAGAGAACUUUUCAAAUACUAUGGGUACUCUGUUGUAGAAAAACUUAGAUCAAUUGACGAUAAAGAUAUGAUAUCAGUACAUGAUCACACUAUUGCGCAGCCAUCAAACAUUAUGAUUCAUGUCUCAUUAUUCGAGCUAUAUAAACAAUGGGGUAUUAAAGCAGAUUUAAUCGUUGGCCAUUCUCUUGGUGAGAUAUCAGCAUCAUAUUGCUCUGGUAUGAUCGACUUUGAAACAUUAUGCUAUUUAGUAUACCAUAGAUCAGUAGCUCAAAAUAAAACCACUGGUUCUGGUAGAAUGUUAUCUGUAAAUAUAAGUCCUGAAGAAUAUAUAUCAAAUUAUUCAUCAAAAUACCCAGAAAUAAACAUUGCUUGCUACAACUCACCAUCAUCAAUUGUAUUAUCAGGUAAAGAACAUUUGCUAAAUGAAAUUAUAACUGAUUUAAAAUCAAAAGAUAUAUUUUGUGCAAUGCUAGGAACACUAUCAUCACUCCAUUCUUCCAGCCAGUUAGGUAUUAAAGAUGAAAUAUGUUCAAUGAAAAUUAAAUCAAAACAAUCAACAACACCUGUUUUUUCAACUGUCACUACAAACUUAUUUAACUACGAAACAACACCAUUCAAUCCAGAAUAUGUUUUUGAAAAUGUUUUACAACCAGUAAGAUUCACUCAAACCAUUUCAAACAUUUAUAAAUACAUUGAAGAAAACAACUAUGGUAAUGAAGUAACUUUUAUCGAAGUUGCACCCCACCCAACACUAUCAUUCUAUUUAAAUCAAAUGAAAUCAAAUCUUCCACCAUAUUUCAACAAUAGAGAAAAAAUAACUAUUCACUCACCACUUAACAAAAAGAAAAAUGAUUAUGAUGAAUUCUUAAAAACAAUCUCAACACUUUUUGUAAACCACUCAUUUAAUAUCAAUUUUAAAUCACAAAUAAAUCACAACGACAGUAGUAUCGGCAACAUUUCAGUAAAUAAUUUACCAUUAUAUCAAUGGGAUGAUAAAAUGUAUUUCAAAAAUAACUCAACAUAUGAAAAGAUUAAAAAAGAAGGACCUCCAAUUCAACAUCUUGGUAAUAUAAAAGAAUCACCAUUUAUAUCGUAUCAAACAUUUAUUAAUACUAAAAAACAACCAUUUCAAUGGCUAAAAGGACAUCAAGUAAAAGGGAAAUACUACUUCCCAGGUUGUGGAUAUAUCAUUAAUUUAUUCAACAUUUAUCCAAAUAAAGAUAUUACAAUCAGUUCAAUAGAAUUUAAAACACCAUUGGUUUUACAAGACAAUGUUAGUCAAUGUCUACAAACAACCAUUUUUAAACUUUCAAAAAAUGAAUUUAGUGUCAAAUCACACUUUAAAGAUAUAUACACUAAUAAAUGGGUAUUGUGUUCCACAGGUAACUUUAGUCUAUUCAGACAUAGUGUCAAAGAAUGCUAUAUUGGUGAUAACUGUUCGCUUUCUAUUGUAUCAUUAAAUGAAAUUCAAAAUCAAAAUGAAUUCAACCACUUACUCAACAACGAUACAAUGAAAUCAUUCUUUAAUACUGCAAUUCUAGAUACAUGUUUACAUGGAAUGUUAAGUUUUAUCAACCAUCACUGCGAAAUCGUAUUAGAUAAAGUCGAAGGAUUAAAAUAUUAUUCAUCAAACAUACCAUCACCAAAUCAACAACAACAUUCUGAAAUAUAUGUAUAUUCCGAAAUUAAAUCAAGAAUAAAUUUAUUCUCAUACUCUGGAUCCAUUAAAAUAAUGUUAAAUGACGGUACAUUAUUAAUUGAAAUUACAAAUAUUGUUUGUACAUCACUUACACCAAUUAUUGACAAUACCCUUAUUAUCCCACCACCAUCCAACGAAAUCUAUCUACCAAUUCAACAACCAAAAGACUCUACCAUUAACAAGCCGCAAUCAUUUAAAUACUUGUUUCAAUCGGAAGAAUUGUGGGUUGACAAAUUUUAUCAAAAAAUAAUAUCUAAUGAACACUUAUUAUCAUUAUAUUAUUAUAAUAUCAAUUUAAGAUAUCCAACUAUUAACAACGAAAUAUUAACAACAAUGGAUUAUAACCAAUUCAAAAAACUCUACUAUAAUGAAAAGGUAAAUGAAAAUUUGUUUUUCUUUAUUUUCGAAAAUUUAAAAAAAUAUAAUAGUUUAGGCAUCAAUAAACAAUUAAAUGAAUUCCCUGAUAGCAAUUAUGAUAAAAUUAUUAAGCUUUUAGAAAAAACAACCAGAGUUAUGAUAAAACAAAUUUUCCCAUUAGAAGAAGACGAUCCAAACAUUGACUCUCCUCACUCAUUAUUCGAAGAUGGAUUAUUAGAUCAUUUUUAUCAAAACUCAAAUGUUAUUAGACCAUUUAACGAGUUAUUAAGUGAAAUUGUUUCAGAAUCAAUAAAACCCAUUAUUAACGAACCUAUAGUAUUCAGAAUCCUGGAAUUUGGGGGUGGUAUGGGUUCAUUAUCAAUUUUAAUAUUUGAUAAAAUCAACAAAAUAUUAAAUAACCAUCCAUCAUCAAAUAUAGAUAUUGAAUACACAUGGAGCGAUAUUUCAGUAUCAUUUUUUUCAGACAUUAAAGAAAAACUUUCCAAUAUCAAAGGGGUAAAUAUAAUAUAUCGUCCUCUUGAUUUAGACAAACCACUAAAAGAUCAAGAUUUAAAAGCCUCUUAUUACGAUAUGGUUGUAAUGUCAAAUGUAUUGCAUGCAGUAAAACAACUUAGAUUCAGUUUAAAUGAAAUCCACAAUAUUUUAACACCAAAUGGUCAAAUUUUUUUUAUCGAAGCACCAUACAAAUCACUAUAUGUUGACUCUGUAUUCAGUGUUUUCUCUCAAUGGUGGCCAUCACCAGAAGAUAUUGACAUUAGAAAAGAUAGAAGCUGUAUGAAACAUGAAAGUUGGUACAAUGUACUAAAUGGAUGCAACUAUAAAGAUACAACAAUAUCUGGAGAUGAUAAUUCAUUCUUUUUAAUUCAAACAAGAAAAUCAAAUAUAAAUGAAAUGGUAUUAUCAAAUAUAAAAUCAAUGAAGCAAUUAACAUCACCCGAUAAUAUUGUAUUGUUUGGAAAUAGUAAAGAUGGUAUUCAAAUCCACGAAUCAUUCAAAUCAAAUCAACUUUUAAGUUCAAAAAUAAUUCAAUUCGAUAACUUUAAUGAACUUAACAACUGGGCUAUUAAAUCACUCGACUCCAUUAGACAAAGUAAAACACUAAUCAUCUUUAUGAAAGCAAUUGAUCCAUUAGAUAUCAAUAACUUUAAAGAAAUAACAUUCGAAUAUAUUCAAAUUAAUCAAAUGUUACUUCAACAAGAAAUUGAAAACUUUUUUAAACACGUUUUAAUUCUAUUAAAUUCAACAUCAAGCAACUACUUAUCAUCAUCAAUUAAUGGAUCAGCAAGAUAUUUCGCAGAAUUCCCACAAUUAGAUUUAUAUUCAUUAGAUUUUGACAAUAUAUCAAUUCAAAAUGAAAAUAUACUAUCACUUAUUGAUAUAUUAAUCAAUCCAACAACAAAUACUCAAAGAGAAUUCACAAUUAAAAACAACAGAGUAUAUUAUGAAAGAUACAAAAAACAAUCAAAAAUUAAACAAUUUUUUACAUCAAACUCAUUCGAAACAAAUAAAGAUAAUUUAAUGAUUCAACUUGAUCCAAAUUUAGAAUAUGUAUUAAAAACUAAAAAACAAGAAUUAGAACCAAAUGAAAUAGAAGUUCAUAUAAAAGGUACAGGUAUCAACUUUAAAGACUAUCUUAUAUAUAUUGGUCAAAUAUCAAAUAGUGUUGAUCUCAAAUAUGGCAAAGAAGAAGAAGUUGAAAACGGAUUAAGUCAAAUGCCAAAUAUCGGGAAUGAUUUUAGCGGUAUUAUUACUCGUUGUGGUAGCAAUGUAAAGAAAUUUAAAAUUGGUGAUGAAGUAUUUGGGGCUGCUUCAAAAACUAGUGGAUCGCAUAUAAUAAUCGAUUCUAGAUAUGUUUAUUUCAAACCAUUAAAUAUCUCACAUAUACAAGCAGCAUCUAUUCCAUCGGUUUAUACAACAGUACUACAUAGUAUAUUCCAUAUUGGUAAUUUACAAGCAGACCAAACUAUUUUAAUUCAUUCUGCAGCAGGUGGUAUCGGUCUAUCAUCAUUAGAACUAUUAAAGUGUAAACAACACAAAGGCUUUAUAUUUUUAACAGUAGGUUCAAAGGAUAAAGACGAAUACUUAAUGAAUAAAUACGGCUCAUUUAUUACUGGUAUCUAUUCAUCAAGAGAUAAAAACUAUGUUCACCAAAUUAAAAACAAAUUAAAACAAUUAGAAUGUGACAAAGAUCAUCAAGGUGUAGAUUUAAUAUUAAACACACUAUCAUCAGAAUAUAUGGAUUCAAAUUUCCAAUGCUUAAAUACUUGUGGUAGAAUUGUAGAUCUUUCAAUCACGCAUUUAACACCAAACGACUAUAUGACAAACAAUCACUUUAAAUACAACUAUGGAUAUUUUAAUGUAGAACUUGUUGAUUUUCCAGGACCAUUAUUUAAAAGUUUAUUAAAAAAAAUAGUCAAAAUGUUUAAUUCCAAUAAAUUAGAGCUAAUUCUAAUCAUUGAAUAUUCAAAUGAAGAAUUUAAAGAUGCAAUCGAAUAUAUUUAUCAAAGACUACAUAUUGGUAAAAUUGUUGUAAAUCAUGAUAUAGAUAUAUUAUCAAGAGAAUAUGAUGAACAGAAACAAAGUAAUUCAGUUUUAAUGAAGAGAAGUUAUGAUAUUUCAAGAUUAAAUAUGGGAAAAAACAUACUAGUAACCGGGCAAGCAGGCAUUAUUUUAGAAAUAAUCAAAUGGAUGGUUAAAUAUUCAAACAAAUCAAUCGAAAAUAUUAUAAUUUUAUCAAAAUCACCAUUAAAAUGGGAAUUAGAACUAUUAAUAAAUCAAACUAAAAAUCAAAAAGAUAAUAUAAUUAAUUUUCACUUUGUUCAAAUCGAUAUUGAAGAUAGUAAUAAAGUUCACAAUGUACUUAAUAACCUGGAAUCAAUUUCAAACAUUACAAAUAUUGAUACAGUAAUACACUUUGCAUUUGUAACUGAUAUUAGCGAUGUUCAAGAAAUCGAUAUGAAUUGUUUAAAUUUCACACAUGGUGCUAAAACAAUUGGUGCAAUCAAUUUACACAAUGAAUCAAUUCAACGUUCAUGGAAAUUAAAACAAUUUAUUUUAGCAUCAUCUGCAUCAUCAAUUACUGGUUCAUUUAGACAAUGUUGUUAUGUUAGUUCUUGCAAUACAAUUGACUCAUUAUCAAAAUAUAGAAAAUCGAUUGGUCUACCGUCACUAUCAGUAAAUUUAGGUGCAUUCUCAUCAACUGGAUUUGUUUCAAGAAAUGAUGCUGUCGAAGCAAUGUUGCAAGCAUCACAAUUUAAAUUUAUUCCAAUCCAACUAAUAUUAAUUUCACUAGACCUCUUCCUUCAAGAUAAAAACAAUCUUUCAAACUAUUGUUUGUGUAGUUUUGAUUUUGAAAAUAUGGUAUCCUCAAAACCAAACCAUAAUUUUUAUAAACUUGACUAUGAAUCCAAUAUGAUUAAAAAGUCACAAAUAACGAUAGAUGGUGGCAAUGGCGAAGAAAAUUUAAAAUUUAAAAUUAUAAAUAAAAUAUCAGAUUUACUUUCAAUUGAUGGGUCAAAAAUCAACUUGGAAUUCCAAUUGGCUCAGUAUGGUCUCGAUAGUUUGGUUAUUGUUCAAUUAAAGAACUGGUUAGAUAAUCAAUUCGGUAGAAAUAUAAUUACAAUACAACAAUUACAAAGCCAUAAUAUAUCCCAAUCACUAGAUAUUAUUAUUAAAAACUUUAAUGAAAAUAAUAAAAAAAAUAAAUAA